GGUGCGUGUGGGCCUCCUGCUGCGUGCCCCAUGGCGGAGGAAUCAAAAGCCGCAGCCCGGAGCGGUGGUUUUCGAUGCGUGCAUUGCGGCGGCAAAGUGGAGGAGUUGUUCUACCGGAUCGGGCAGGACAUUUGCCUGAGCCAGUGCACUUUGUGCGGGCAGGUUGCGGAUCACUACAUCGAGUUCGAGGCGUUGCUGGUGUUCAUCGACAUGCAGCUGCUGCGGCCCGAGGUGUACCGGCACCUCCUCUUCAACCGCUUCAAGGAUAGCGGGCUGCGCAGGGAGGCCUGGCGGUUCCUUCUGCUGGGCUUGUUGCUGGACACCUACCACCGGUGGUUCUGUCUGCCGGAGGUAGCUGUUGCCGGCUUCGCUGGCUCCCAAAGCCGCUCAGAUUGGCCGGUGCUGGGUGCCACAGUUGUGGAGACCGUCGUCUAUUUGCUGACUCUGAGCUUCGCAGCCCUCAGCUUCGAAGGCUGCAGACCUUCCCGGAAGUGGCGGGUGGAGGCACAUUUGAACAUUUGGGAGGCCGUUUCCAUUUCCAGUUUCGGGAAGAUCUUCGGGCUGGUGGGGCCCAUUUGGGGAUCAGCUUCGAGUCAUGCCAUGGCCGACGCCAUGGACGUUGCGCUCGCGCUUUUCGUGGCUGCUUCCAAUGUAUUGGCGGUCCAAAUGGUUCUCGGAGAUGCUCAGUCCAACUGCAGAUGGGCAGCUGCAAUGGCGGUGGCAGCGGGGCAUGCAGGUCGUUAUGGCGCCAAGUUGUUCCUCACGCCUUUGAGCGUUUGAAGGAGGGACGUGGAGAUGUCGGUCGCCAGAGAGUCAGGUCAACUGAGCCAACUGGGGCAUGCCAAAACAGCCGCCAGGCCGCAAAGCAAAGCCAAAGUGCUUUUGGAGAAGACUGCAAUGCAUGGGCCACGGCAAGUGGGUGCCUUUGCAGGGGCGAUUGCGAUCAUUGACAGAUUAAGCUCGGCAUCCAUUCGCGAACUCCCAGGCGCAAGUUGUGGAGA